AUGCGUGAGGCUGCAGAGCGGAGGCAGCAGCUAGAGUUGGAGCAUGAACAAGCCUUGGCUGUACUCAAUGCAAAGCAGCAGGAGAUUGACCUUCUGCAGAAGGUAAGGUCACCAUGCCAGUGCUAGCGGCACAGGGAGGGGCGGCCCUCUUGUUAGCCCAGACCAGUGCUGGGUCAGAGGUCAAAGAGCUUUGUGUUGAGCACUGCUACAGCUUUGGCGUAUCCUCUUAAAUCUGUCUGUCUGUCUGCCAGCCCCCCAGGCUGUGGGGCGAGAGAGAGAGAGAGUGCUGGAACCAAGCCACUCAGUAACAAGCUCUUUCCCUGCUACGGGGAGCAGACAAUACAACUUUAAAGUUAGAUCAGACUUGACGUUUUUUGUUGGCUUGCUAAAAGGCUGGCCCGGAUGAUUUGACGUUUUGCCUUCCUCCUCUGAGGAGAGGAGCUGAUGUCAAGCAACAACUCAUCUGGAAUCGUCAGCCUCUCGCUCUCUCUUUCACGCUCUCACACUCUCUCCCUCUCGCUCUCUCUCUCUCCGUUUCUCUCUCUCUCUCUCUCCGUUUAACUCUCUCUCCAUCUCUCUCUCUCUCUCUCUUUCUCUCACUGCCUGUGCUACUUAUUUUAGAGUUGGCCAUAAAUACGCUCUGUUUUCUCUCAUUAGCAAAAGGAGCUCAUUACAGCGUUAUCUUUCUAUAGAGACACUGGCUGCUUUCUGCAUCUCUACAAUUAAUUGCCUCCGAAGUGGAUUCAUGAAAUUGGAAAGUCUGCAGAUGUUCUCCUAUUCAUGUGGAACGUUAGUUUUCUCAACAGAUGUUCCCAGUCACAUGAAGUAAACUAGCAUGCAUUAUUUUAUGUUUAUUAUACACUACAGUGGGUUUAUAUCACACAAAGAUUAAUCUUCUAGAAUAGCCCCGCAAUCUAGUUUCAAGAGAGCACUACAGAAGUAUAUUGAAGAUACAUUAUUAAUUGUUUGUUAUAAUUGUUUGAAUGUUUACACACCAUUGUUUUCAUAGAUGGCCUUCAUAACAGCUCAAACACAGCAUUUUCUAACUUGUUUAGUGUUUUUUGGUGCUGUCCAGCCAGUUCCCAAUGGUCUAGUUGUCCAGUUGUUGAGAUCAUGGGUUGUAUGUGUGUUGAAUGUAACACAGAUGUUAUGUUUUACAGGCUCAGGUUGAGGCUAAGAAGGAGCAUGAGGGCGCCGUCCAUCUGUUAGAGGUGAGUGUCUGGGCACUGGGGGGGGGGUGACAGGAGGUUGGCUGGCCGUGUUGUGUGUGCGUGUGCACAUGAGUGUGUGUCUGCUGUUGGAGUGUGUGUGUAUGGGUCAGCCUGCCAGUCGGACAUGUGUGAGCCCGGGGUCAUUUUCUACUGGCUCUGUCUGUGAGACCCUGUGCACUCUGUUGAAGGUUGUGAAUGUGGCAUGCAUAAAGACCAAGACCAGAUGGAAUAAUAGAUUCUUGCCCAUGAUGACUUUAUUUUGAUGAUUUUUAAAGUCUAAACUGUAUACCCAUGUAACUAGCAGUGCAAAAUAAGAACGGAACAGUGCUUUUGAUAUGACACAUUAGCUUUUGUGUUUUUGUAAAUGUGUAUUCAGUAUAUUCAAACAAUAUUAUGUCGACAUACGUCGUUAUUGAUCAUUAUAUUAUUGAAAAUGUGUGGUUGUUUAUUAUUAUUAUUAACAAAUACUUUUGCAUUAGUGCUACAGAAAAUCGUAUGUUUUGAUUUCAAGGUGUGUAUGAGUGUUCGUAUGUGUAAUUGUGCUUAAUUUCUUUCCUACAUCUUUUUUUCACUGUGUUAUUGGUGUGUGUUUUGUGCAUAUACAGAACCACUUGGACAGCAUGCAGGUAUUUCAGAAUUGUUUUUAUUUACUUGAUAUUUUCAUCUCUGCCUGUACAAUACAAUAUACAUCAGGGAUAUAUCCCCCUAGUUUUUGGCUCUUUGGAAGUAAAUUAUGAUGGAAUGACAUUUCAGAAUUGGAAGGGCAACGUUUUGGGGAUUAAAUUGAUAGUCACAUUUUAAGCAUACACCACACCAAAGUGGCAGUCCAUCAAGAGGUCAUUUUCAUAAGCUGAUUUUGAUGGGAGAUAUUGCUUUAGAUUUACAGUGCAUUCGGAAAGUAUUCAGACCCCUACAACCUUAUUCUAAAAUGGAUUAAAUAAAAAAACAUCCUCAUGAAUCUACACACAAUACCCAAUAAUGACAAAGCGAAAACUGUUUUUAAAAAAUGUUAGCAAAUGUAUUUACAUCCCUUUGCUAUGAGACUCGAAAUUGAGCUCAGGUGCAUCCUGUUUCCAUUGAUCAUCCUUGAGAUGUUUCUACAACUUGAUUGGAGUCCACCUGUGGUAAAUUCAAUUGAUUGGACAUGAUUUGGAAACCUGUCUAUAUAAGGUCCCACAGUUGACAGUGCAUGUCAGAACAAAAACCAAGCCAUGAGGUCAAAGGAAUUGUCCAUAGAGCUCCGAGACAGGAUUUUGUCGAGGCACAGAUCUGGGGAAGGGUACCAAAAACGUCUGCAGCAUUGAAGGUCCCCAAGAACACAGUGGAACCCCCAAGACUCUUCCAAGCUGAGCAAUCGGGGGAGAAGAGCCUUGGUCAGGGAGGUGACCAAGAACCCGAUGGUCACUCUGAGAAGAGCUCCAGAGUUCCACUGUGGAGAUGGGAGAACCUUCCAGAAGGACAACCAUCUCUGCAGCACUCCACCAAUCAGGCCUUUAUGGUAGAGUUGCCAGACGGAAGCCACUCCUCAGUAAAAGGCACAUGACAGCCCGCUUGGAGUUUGCCAAAAGGCACCUAAAGACUCUCAGACCAUGAGAAACAAGAUUCUCUGGUCUGAUGAAACCAAGAUUGAACUCUUUGGCCUGAAUGCCAAGCGUCACGUCUGGAGGAAACCUGUCACCAUCCCUAUGGUGAAUCAUGGUGGUGGCAGCAUCAUGCUGUGGGGAUGUUUUUCAGUGGCAGGGACUGGGAGACUAGUCAAGAUCAAGGGAAAGAUGAACGGAGCAAAGUACAGAGAGCAACCUGCUCCAGAGCACUCAGGACCUCAGACUGGGGCGAAGGUUCACCUUCCAACAGGACAACGACCCUAAGCACACAGCCAACACAAUGCAGGAGUGGCUUCGGGACAAGUGUCUGAAUGUUCUUGAGUGGCCCAGCCAGAGCCUGGACUUGAACCCGAUCGAACAUCUCUGGAGAAACCUGAAAAUAGCUGUGCAGCGACGCUCCCCAUCCAACCUGACAGAGCUUGAGAGGAUCUGCAGAGAAGAAUGGGAGAAACUCCCCAAAUACAGGUGUGCCAAGCUUGUAGCGUCAUACCCAAGAAGACUUGAGGCUGUAAUCGCUGCCAAAGUUGCUUCAACAAAGUACUGAGUAAAGGGUCUGAAUGCUUAUGUAAUGUGAUAUUUGUUUUUUAUUUUUAAUAAACUUGCGAACAUUUCUAAAAACCUGUUUUUGCUUUGUCGUUAUAGGGUAUUGUGUGCAGAUUGAUGAGGGGAAAAAAAACAAUUUAAUUCAUUUUAGAAUAACGUAACAAAAUGUGGAAAAAGUGAAGGGGUCUGAAUACUUUCCGAAUGCACUGUAUUUUCAUUUUGAAAACAUGAGAUUCAAGAGCUGAACAAUGUCAUAUACUGGACAUGAAACAAUGGCCAGUCAUUAAUUCAUUGCUAAGGUUUUGUUGUUGUUGCUAGCUGCUGUUCAUAAUUUAUUUAACCUUUAUUUAACCAGGCAAGUCAAUUAAGAACAAAUGCUUACUUUAAAAAGAUGUAUAGUUGUAUUGUUGUUUCAGUUGUUGAAUGUGUGCUUUCCAAAGGCAAGGCUGUCCUGUCCAUAAAAUGAUGACUCACACACGCCUCCUUGAUUCAGCUUGUCAUCAAAGCAUGUGCAUCCACACUCCACUAGGCUCAGAGCCCGCUCUGCUUACCGGACAGUCACUGGGGAAGGGGUUGUCACAGGACAGAACAGAACAGGACACAACAGGACAGAAGGCCUAACUGGGACGUAGGAGAGGCCAUCAGAAAAUCGCUCUCAUCAUCUCUAAUUUUAGUUAUGCCUGAAUUUUAGUUAUGGCAUCAUUCUAAUGUCUGAGGUAUUGUAUUUAGAUGCUGGCAUAAUGGAAACAAUUGCUGUUAUGAGGACGUUCUAACCGUUAUUUCUGGUUGGCGUUGCAUGCAGUGCAGCAUGUUUCACUAGGCUACUACAGUACUGGUCAUACAUCCAGGUGAGGGCUUUAAGAUGGUGAAAGGCUAACCACCCUCUGUGCUAAUGCAUCAACCCAUUGAAUCAUAUGCAGUGAUUACAAAUGCCACUCCUCUUCUAAUAGCAUGUUCACGCGCUGACAAUAACGUGUCUGCAUGAAAGUCACUCAGAGCUGAAAUAAAACGCCACAGACAUUAGGCAUCACUGUGCUUUGGGGAGAGAGUGCCGCAAAUGACAUGGUAGCUUUAGCAAUGCUCCCAGGGUGGUCUGAUGAAGGGGCUGAUUUGGGUUUAUGUGUUGAGGGGUUGGUUAACACUCAACACUUACCCCUGCCCAAGGGAAGAUCUUGAGCUGGGCACCCCUGGGGUUUCUGCUAGGCCUGCCUGUUCUCCCACUGUACCGUAGUCUCCCAUCAACGGGCCAGUGUGGAGAACAGACAGUAUUUCACUGUAGAAAGCCAAGGAUUUGAUUGCAUGGUUCUAUGAUGUUUUUAAUUGCUGUUGCCCCUCUUUUAUCGGCUUCGUAACUCAUGAUGAUGAUUCUUGCCUUUAUUUUACUAUCUAUGUGCAAUGAAGUUGAGGAGCAUUCCCCGCGCUUUGAACACAGUGCAGUUUUUGGUAUGCAUACUUCCUCUUAACAAGAGGCUGCUCUAUAGAAUAAUGUGCAUUAACUGUAGUCCUGCAUGUGAUCUGCAUACUGUGACUAGUUUAGGUGUUUAUGACUGGACUGUAUUUUGCCUGAUAGGAAAUUUAAGGCGUCAACUCCCUUUUCUCAGUAAGGAAUGAACCCCACGUUUUUAAAGUCCAAUAUCUCAUCCUACCUGAUUUUGUGUGUGUAUUUAUAGAAGUAUACAGUUUUGGGUUUCAGAUUUUCUCUUUCUUUCACUUUAUUUCCUUCUGUUACUUUCUUCUCUUUUGUCUCUCUACUUCUUCCUUCCUUUCUCCCUCUCUCUGUCUUACUCCCUCUCUCUGUCUUUCUCUCUCUCUGUCUUUCUCCCUCUCUCUGUCUUUCUCCCUCUCUCUGUCUUUCUCCCUCUCUCUGUCUUUCUCCCUCUCUCUGUCUUUCUCCCUCUCUCUGUCUUUCUCCCUCUCUCUGUCUUUCUCCCUCUCUCUGUCUUUCUCCCUCUCUCUGUCUUUCUCCCUCUCUCUGUCUUUCUCUCUCUCUCUGUCUUUCUCCCUCUCUCUGUCUUUCUCCCUCUCUCUGUCUUUCUCCCUCUCUCUGUCUUUCUCCCUCUCUCUGUCUUUCUCCCUCUCUCUGUCUUUCUCUCUCUCUCUGUCUUUCUCUUUCUCUCUCUCUCGCUAUCUGUCGCCAGGCCAAAGUCCGAGAGCUGGAGGAGAAAUGUCGGACACAGAGUGAGCAGUUCAACCUCCUGUCCAAAGAGCUAGAGAAGUUCCGGCUACAAACUGGAAAGUUUGAUACCCUUGGCAGUGGCACCGAUCCCUUAACUGUGUGUGAAUCCCCCGGAUCGCCCAACAAAUCCCUCUCCCAGCUCCUCAACGGGCUGGCCGCCCCCACAGGGAAAGGUCAGAGGAAUCCCAGAAGAGCUUUGUUUUAGUUUUAGCUGUAUGUACGCCAUAGACCACAGCUCAUAGAAUAUUCAUAAUAAUGUUAUUUCAGUGAUCUGUGAGCUGUAUGUGGAGGUUUGAACUGUUAAAUCAGACAGUGGAAGCAGUGGAAAGCUUUAUUAGAGCAAAAUGCAGCCAAAAUACAUUUUAAAUGAACAAUCCAGGAUUAUGAGGAUGGAAAGACAAACGUGCAGCUGCUCCUGAAAUUGGAGAUCUGGAAAGCAGCGCUUGUGACGUACAUGGAUCAACAUAGAGCAAGUAGCCUAAUGAAAUAAUAAAUCAGGGUACUGUAUGACAUAGCCUUUACCACAGCUUGGCACAUUCUUGUUGUUGACUUAAAUAAAUACAUGCCAAUAAUACUGACCUUUACAUUGGGCAUGUGCCUGGACUCUAACUCUCCUUCUGAUUACAUAAGGAUCUGUAUGUUUUUUAACACUAAUGCAAUUAUUAUUAUUAUUUUCCUAAUUGUUAAUGGGUUGUAUCCAUCUGUUGUUUGUGCUGUGGGUUCUUGCAAUGUUACAAUGUUACAUAUUAUAUAUUACUUUUAAUGGUAUCUAAUCAAAUGAUGUAUGGAUGAUGAUGAUGAUGAUGAUGAUGAUGAUGAUGAUGAAUGGUGAUGAUGACGAUGAAUGACGAUCACAUGAUGAAAUGGAUAAAUAAUAGUAUGUGAUAAAUAGCACUCCAUUUUGGACAUUAUUAUUACACACAGAUAGAAAUAUGAUUUUAGCAGGCGUAGUCAUAUUUCAGAUCUUAGCUGUUCCUUUGUUUUGCCUGCAGGCAAUGAGAGUCCGCUGAGCAGAUCUGUGAUCUCUGAGUUCAUCCGACCGCUCCAGAUCAGUGGGGACAAGCCAGAGCUCGUGUCGGUAAAGCCAACAUUCCUCACCCGCAGCAGCAGCCGAGCUGGCAGCUCCCAACGAGCCCUCCUCACCGAGGUGAGUCCUACUAGGUUUCCCCCUAACACCGUCCGUCUGUCUGUCUGUCUGUCUGUCCCUCCCUCCCUCCACUCUAGCCCUGAUUGUAUAAGCCUAAUGAAGAUGGACCUAAAUAGCUUGAUUGCCAUUUCAAAAAACUCCUCAGAAGAUGGUAACGCAUUAAUUACACUAAUGUUACAUAAUUACAGCAUUUAUUACAUGAUUGCAAAAUUGCUUCCUGUUUUGAAAGUCUAAGCUGAAGUGCCACUCAGUUCGAGAGGCAGGACUGAGGAAACACAGUGAGGCAGAGAGGAUUGGGUGUGAAGAGGCCUAUCUGUUUCCUUUUACUCUCCUCGGCUGGGAGGAUUGUGAGGUUUACCAAGUGUGUAUAGGAGAAGUUUAUAGGCUCUGCCAUCAUCCCACUGAUUUCCACGAUAGUGAGCAUAAAGUGUUUUUUUUUGUGUGAAAAAAAAAGUAAUAUAUUUGGUUGUUUCAUCUCUCAAGGUUUGUUCUCUCUCUCACCAGAUGGACAAAGAACUAAGCUCAACGACUAGGACCAAGAAGAGGUUCACAGGCAAGGUCCGUCUGUGCAUCGCCAGGUACAGGUGAGAGGAGGGAACUGCUUUGAGAUGCCUUACACUACAGUGUCAUAUUAAAAAUGCAUCCCUGCACAGCACUUUUCAGAAGUGUUUUCCACCCACAUUGUCCCACUGAGGUUUGAACUCACCUCUUAAUAAUGAUGCAGUGCUAUGGUCUCACCAAAUAAAAUGAACUGUCAGCUGGAAUAAUUGGAAUCCCCUAGAACAAAGGCAAAUACAUGAAUGGAACCCAGUGCUGUCCACCCUCACUGUUUCUUCCUCUCUCAUUUAGCCUGUUGAAAAAUGUUGCCUGUUGGAAAAUGUUAUAUUUGUUUUUUUAAUGCAGCACUCAGCAAUUCCCCUUUCAUAGAGUUACAUAAGGGUGCAGUGUUUGUGGCAAAAUGUUUACUGUGCUUGGAUUUGUUUGGAAUUGCUCGGAUACUAUUUAGCUAGGCUACUGUGCUUUUCCAUCACAAUGUCGUCAAGUUUUGACAGAAGCUAAUUGUCCAUACACAGUUCCUAAUAUUGUGUUUAAUAAUUGUCCCAUUUUGAACCUGGGUUUUGAACCUUUUUGAACCUGAAUUCAUCAUCUAGCCUGAGAUAAUUGGACACAUUUCCACUUGUGUUGGGUUAAGAGGAGCAACACAGCGAGUUCAUCAGCUUGAUUCUGUUGUACUCUACUCUUUCUUUCCCCCAGUUAUAACCCCUGUAAUGGGCCCAAUGAGCAUCCUGAGGCAGAGCUCCCCCUAGUGGCAGGGAAGUACCUCUACGUGUAUGGGACCAUGGAUGAUGACGGCUUCUAUGAAGGUCUGAUUACUCACUGUAUUUUACCCUCUCUGUUAAAAACCAAUUUGCAUGAUUUAAAAAUAAUUAUUUCAGAGCAGAAUGAUUGUUGUUGCUAAGCGACAGCAUGGCUUAUGGGAUGUAUUUACUGUAUGGGCAUUAGAUGAGACGAGGAUUAGGCAGUUGUGGAUCAAUCCGUGCUAAUGUGGCUUUUACGAUUGUCAUCUCUAGUCUUCACUGUACUGUACUCGGAGAGUUGUUGUUAAUACUACUUACUGCUCUUCACUGUGAGUGUUGUUGUUAAUACUAGUUACUGCUCUUCACUGUGAGUGUUGUUGUUAAUACUACUUACUGCUCUUCACUGUGAGAGUUGUUGUUCAUACUACUUACUGCUCUUCACUGUGAGUGUUGUUGUUAAUACUACUUACUGCUCUUCACUGUGAGUGUUGUUGUUAAUACUACUUACUGCUGUUCACUGUGAGUGUUGUUGUUAAUACUUCUUACUGCUCUUCACUGUGAGUGUUGUUAUUAAUACUACUUACUGCUCUUCACUGUGAGUGUUGUUAUUAAUACUACUUACUGCUCUUCACUGGGAGAGUUGUUGUUAAUACUACUUACUGCUCUUCACUGUGAGUGUUGUUGUUAAUACUACUUACUGCUCUUCACUGGGAGAGUUGUUAUUAAUACUAAUACUUACUGCUUUAUCUCUAUUUCUCUGUUCAUCAGGAGAGCUGCUGGAUGGACAGCAGGGACUUGUCCCUUCCAACUUUGUGGACUUUGUUAAGGACGAGAAGAUGCCCUCUGCUCAGCACAGGGAUGGGGCCAAAGAGUCAGGCUACCUCAGUAGUAACCACAGCAGCCUGGGCUCCACAGGGCUGGGCAGCAUGGGCCUGAGCAGCAUCAGCAGCCUGCUGUCUGACAGUAAACUGGACCUGGGCCCCAGCCUAGAUAGAAACCUGGAGAGAAACCUGGAGAGAAACCUGGGGAGCAACCUCAGUUCCACUUUGGGUUCCACUCACGGUUCCACUCUAGGAAGCCACAUGGGUUCCACUCUGGGCAGCAACAUGGGUUCCACUCUGGGUUCCACUCACGGUUCCACUCACGGUUCCACUCUGGGCAGCAACAUGGGUUCCACUCUGGGUUCCACUCACGGUUCCACUCUGGGCAGCAACAUGGGUUCCACUCUGGGUUCCACUCACGGUUCCACUCUGGGCAGCCACAUGGGUUCCACUCUGGGCAGCCACAUGGGUUCCACUCUGGGUUCCACUCAUAGUUCCAGUCACGGUUCCACUGGCCUGGGUUCCAGUCUGAGCAGCACUCUGACCAGCCUGGGCAGCAGUAGCCUGGGCAUGGACUUCCUGGGCUCUAUGGGUUCCUGCAGCAACGGGACAGGGACCCUGGAUGUCAGCAUUGACGAGAUUGGUGAAAACAUUGUGCCUUACCCUCGCCGUAUCAAUCUGAUCAAACAGCUGGCCAAGAGUGUGAUCGUGUGCUGGGACCCUCCGGUGGUGCCGCCCGGCUGGGGCUCCAUCAGUGGCUACAACGUCCUGGUGGACAAGGAGGUGAGGAUGAGCGUGCCCUUUGGGGGCAAGACAAAGUCGCUUAUCGAGAAGCUCAACCUGGCCACCAAUACCUACCGCAUCUCGGUGCAGAGCAUCACGGAGCGGGGCCCGUCUGACGAGCUGCGCUGCACUCUGUUGGUGGGGAAGGAUGUGGUGGUGGCUCCUUACUAUCUGAGGGUAGACAACAUCACACAGGUCUCUUCUGAGCUCUCCUGGCAGCCUAGCAACAGCAACUACAGCCACACCAUCUUCCUGAACGAUGCUGAGUAUGACAUGGUGAAGGCAGGGGCCUACAAGUACCAGUUCUUCCAACUGAAGCCCAUGACCGUUUACAAGGUGAAGGCCGUGGCGCGGCCACACCAGAUACCUUGGCAGCUGCCCCUGGAACACAGGGACAAGAGGGAGAUCUCUGUGGAGUUUUGCACCCAGCCUGCAGGUCAGCCCUCCUACUAUCUCUUCCUUUCCCCCAUCAUUAAAACCAGUAAAGGCUGCUGAGGGGAGGACGGCUCAUAAUAAUGGCUGGAAUGGAGUGAAUGGAAUGGUAUCAAACACAUGGAAACCAUGGAAACCACGUGUUCGAUGUGUUUGAUAUCAUUCCAUUUAUGCCAUUCCAGCCAUUACUAUGAGCCGUCCUCCUCUCAGCAGCCUCCACUGAUUAAAACACACACUUAGUCAUCAGGUGGCAUUUUGCAUAAUUGUAAAUCAUUUUAA